ACACGCACACACACACACACACACACAUGCGCACACACGCACACGCGCGCACACACACAGACACACACUCUCCAGCUCGCGCACUCUCACUCACUAGAAGGACUCGCAGAGGAGAGAGCUGGUAUCUCGCGCGCACCGUUUUCCGUUCUGGCGGCUGCGAUGCUGCAUUUCCGUGUACCCGCCCCUGCUGCGUUGGCGCUGCUGCUCCUUCAGGUUGUUGUCGUGGUGCUGUUUAUUGGCUGGCAAGGUCGCAUAACCCCGCCCCCUUCUGACUCCGCCACUGCGUCUGGGGGCAAAAAAGUGCAUGUGCUGCUGCUGUCGUCAUGGCGAUCAGGCUCGUCGUUCAUGGGCCAGGUGUUCAACAAGCACCCGUCCGUGUUUUACCUGAUGGAGCCGGCGUGGCACGUGUGGGGGUGGCUUCAGCGUCCGGGCGCACGCAGCCUGCGCAUGGCGGUGAGGGACCUGAUACACCGCAUCUUCCUGUGUGACCUCAGCGUAUUGGAUGCCUACAUGCCCAUCCACCACAACGUCUCGCAGCUGUUCAUGUGGAGCCACAGCCGGGCGCUGUGUUCCCCGCCGGCAUGCCCCUCCCCGUCCCUUCAGCACACCACCAUGACGAUCCCCAACUGUGAGAAGUUCUGUGACGUAGUGGGGUUGGAGCGGGCGGCGGAGGCGUGUCACACCUACAGCCACGUGGUGCUGAAGGAGGUGCGUUUCUUCGAGCUGGAGUCUCUGUUCCCGCUGCUGCAUGACCCGUCGCUCGAUCUGCGCAUCCUGCACCUGGUCCGUGAUCCCCGGGCCGUGUUCCGCUCCCGGGAGCAGGCGCUCUCAGCGCUGCAGAAAGACGCCGCCAUCGUCCUGGACGGACAGACACCGUCACCUGACACACAGAAACGCGUCAUGCAGGAAAUCUGCAGGAGCCACAUCCGGAUCUACGACACUGCUGUGCGUAAAGCGCCCGACUUCCUGCGAGGACGCUACAAACUCGUGCGCUACGAGGAUGUUGUGCGCAACCCACUGGCAGAGAUCCAGGGCAUGUACGACUUCGUGGGACUCAAGAUGACGGAGCCGCUGCAGGAGUGGAUCCACAACAUCACGCAUGGCAAGGGCAAGGGGACGCGCAGCGAGGCGUUCAAGAUCACCGAGCGCAACGCCUCUGAAGUCUCGCAGGCCUGGAGGAUGAGUUUAACGUACGCUAAAGUCCAGCAGGUCCAGGAGGUCUGCAAGAGCGCCAUGUCUCUGCUGGGCUACCGUCUGGUCAACAGCGCGGAAGAGCAGAAGCAGCUCGACCUCGACCUCACGCGCGUGGAGAAGUACAGCUUCACAUGGCAUUCGUCCAAAAAUCCUGACAAGGACUGAGGGAUGUUUUAGUUCAGUAUCAGACUGUAUCUGAGCUGUUUACUGCAACAGUACAUUAUUACUUAUUUAUUACAGUUGGAGGGAAAAAAAUCAUGCUUUACGUUUAUACGACGCGUGACAAAAUACUAACGACGCAUCGUAAACUGACUGAAGGAUAUUUUUAUUUCAUAUGUGAAGAUAGAUGCUCUCUCAGAAGUUCUCUCAGAAGUGGAUUGAGUUGGACGUCUCUCAGAUCUGUGAGUGUUAGCAGGAUGAGAGUGUUCCCUCUGGUGUGGCAGUUUAGAAACGCACAUCUGUCCCACAUCUGUCCCACAUCUGUCCUAAUGCAAAUGCAAAUCCUGUAGCUUCCGAACACAUCUGUAUUUUAUUCAGGCUCAGCCUACUAAAGGUGUGUGUGUGUGUGUGUGUGUGUGUGUGUGAGAACAUUUUAGCAGCACCGCUGAUCUGGUUCCGUCACGUUCUGUUAGACUCUUAGACACAUUAAAUGAACAUUUCCACAUGCAGACUUAGCGCACCAUGCUAACCUGGAGGCUAUACACUUCCAUUAAUUGUUAGCUAUGUACGUGAGCCUCGUAGCUUUGAUGCAGAACUAGAGGAAGAAACGUCUUUUAGGGUCAAAUGACAAUGCGCCUCAUUUAUUGAGCUAUGGACAGAUUUAUGCGUAAAUCGUUUAUACGAGCGUUUACACAAAGAAUUUGGUGUUCAUGAAAAUCCUGUAAAUUCAGAGAAAACUUAGGAGUAUCAUACUCCUGCUCCUGUGUGUGUACGUUUACACGUAAGAAGAGUAAUUAAUGUAACCCUCGACUGAUUGGCUUCAAAUACUAUAAUUUGCAACGAGUUGCUGCAUCUUUGUAUACAGAUUAAACUUUCAAGUUCAAAUCGCUUAUUUAUUUCAAAUACACACACAAAUUAUACACAGUAUGUAUACAGCGGGGUCCAAAAGUCUGAGAGGUUUCAUUAUAAAUAAUAUAUCAUUAUAGUAUUAUUAUAUAUUAUAAAUAUAGAAAUAAUAUUAUCAGCAGCAGCUUGAGUAAAAAGUAGAGUCUCUGAAAUAUUUACAUGAAUGUCAGAGUUUCUUAGUAUUUGGUUCGUCUCCUUUUUGCUUUAAUGACAGCGUGUACUCGAGCUGGACUCCACACGUUUGUGCAAAACCUGAUGAUCCAUUUUAGAUCAAAUCCACUCAUCAGAGUGUCGUCUGAUCACAUGAUUCAGUAGGAGAGAUUAGACAUGAGGAAAAUCUGACCUUUUGUACCAAGCAGUUAACCUGCUCAAUAUCACACACUUGCUUUUAUUUAAACAGAAAAUAGUGCAGAAUCCUGAAUAUUCGAUAGUCAAGAUGUUGCACGUUUUCUUUUUCUCUUUUAGAAUUUUCAAAAUUCUAAAACUUUCUAUUUAUUUCUAAUUUUAAAUUUAAAAAACAUUCCAGACUUUCAUCGUGGACCCCACUGUAUAUAUACGUAUGUAUAUUUAUAUACUGCGCUUUAUAGACGACACUGAAUUCACCUCCGUAAUUUCUCUUCAUAUUCUGGUCUUUUCAGCUGCUGUGACUCCGCUGGAUACGCUGUUCAGUAAUAUAUUUUUAUUCUCGUAAUCGAGAGUCAAAAAUACUCAACUCUGUACUGCGUCAGAGAAAAUUCUUCCAUUUCUGGCCGUUUAGUCGCCAUUUUGCACUUUUCACUCUGUGAACUCUGCCCUUUUUUGGAGAUUUGUGGGCGUAACCAAAUGCAAAUCAGCUGUGACGUGCACGCGCUCGUUACAUUAUAGGUGACUGCCAUUUUUCAACACACACACAUACACACACACACACACACACACACAUUUACAGUAUAAACAGUAUAAAAGUGACAGUAGGGCUCCAUGACAGUGUUCCCGAGAAUUGAAGGUGAAUAAUGACUGCAAAUACAUGUGUGUGUGUAAAAGUGCAACAUUAGUUAGUUGAUUUUGAAGUUUUAGUUAAAGUUUACAUGACGUGUUAGUUACGUCCCAGUAAUCGCAUACUCUUCUGCUACGCACUCAAAAGUAUGGAAUUUUUCUUCACAAAAAGACUGUAUACUUUUAGUGCGUAGUAUAAGAAUUGUUGUGAAUUGGGACGCAGCAGUGGUCUUCAGCUUGUUUUCUGACCCCUUUCCCCUGUCCACGCCUUUUUUCUUACUGUUUACGCCUUACUGUUCUUUUUCCUGGUUCACGCCCCUUUACCCUUUACCCCGUCCCUGCCCCUUUACCCCGUCCCUGCCCCUUUACCCCGUCCCUGCCCCUUUACCCCAUUCCUGCCCCUUUACUCUGUCCCUGCCCCUUUACCCUGCCCCUUUACCCCAUCCCUGCCCCUUUACUCUGUCCCUUUACCCUGCCCCUUUACCCCGUCUCUGCCCUUUUACCCCGUCCCUGCCCCUUUACUCUGCCCCUUUCCCUGCCCCUUUACCCCGUCUCUGCCCCUUUUCCCUGCCCCUUUCCCUGCCCCUUUACCCUGAGCGAGUGGUUGAUUGCUCAAAUGUCUGAAAUAGUUUUCCUUCCUGUUUGUAGUGUAUUUUAAAGGGAUUUCAGGUGCUCACAUUAGUACCAAGAAGGACUAAACAUGUUGGUGGCAGAGAUGUCGCCGUCCCCGGCGUUGUAAAAAUACAAAUGAAUAGAAAAAUAAUAGAAAAAUAAUAAAUCAUAGUAGAAAAUCUGAUUGUUUUUAUCUAAAAAUAAGAAAGUGUUAAAGUUACACUCAGUUUAUGAUCACAGUUAAAGUAAGAUGGAGUUUUAUAGAAAAUAUUUACCGUGUGUGUGUGUGUGUGUGUGUGUGAUAUUUUCUCUGUAAUAGCGUUGUUGAAUCAGAGGUCAGAGCUCGAUGAAUGAAUGAUGCUGUAAAUGUGAUAAUUUAUUACAGAGUGAUUGUGUUUUAAUGAUUAUUAAUGAGCAUCUUGUUAAUGGUACACAGAGAACUGAAGAAAACAAACCAAUAAAUCAAUCAAUCAAUAAAUCAAUCAAUAACUUUACAGGCUCUGACACUCACACCUGUCUCAUCUCGUCCAUAAGCUUUAUUAUGUGGAACUUUCUGGAACUUUCUGGAACUUUCUGUUUCUUUAAACAUGGACCAUGUUUGUUGUUGAGAUUGUUUUUAUUGAAACUGUUUUUAUAAUCAGGAUUUGGUGAUGAAGGGAUUUUGAUUGCAUAGUGAUUUAUUUAUAAUAAAAACAUUGACAGUAAAGAUUGUGCUUUGUGUUUAAUCAAAAAAAUGUAAAGUACAUAUCGUGAUAGUAUCAUAUUGCAACAGUAUCAUACUGACACUAGCUCACAUUAUCUCCUGUGAACCACAGGAGGGCGC